AUGUCUCUCAACUGCAGCUCACCAAUGGACCCUCGAUCCCAAUUUGCAGUACGACUUCCCAGAGAUGCCUCCAUGGACAUCAUCAUGUCACCUAAUUCCCAGAACCAGAUUGGCUCUGAUGGUGACCCUAAGGAGAGGAUCAGGAGGUUGCUGCAGAAAGUGGAGAUUUCGAGCUCCGCAUACGACACCGCAUGGGCAGCAAUGGUCCCAUCUCCUCCUGCUGCCUACUCCCAGCAGCGCCAGCAGGGAGUCGUCCCUCACUUCCCAGAGUGCGUCAACUGGAUAUUGGAGAACCAACUCAAGGAUGGUUCAUGGGGUUUGCAGCUUCCUGACAGUCGCCACCCUCGGCUUGUGAAAGACACGCUCUCCUCAACUUUGGCUUGCGUUCUUGCUCUCACCCAGUGGGGCAUUGGGGAACAACUCAUUCACAGUGCACUUGGAUUUAUGGAGCGGAAUCGGGGUUCGCUCAGUGACCCAAGGCAGUGGGAUCCCGUCGGGUUUGACGUAAUAUUCCCGGCCAUGAUUCAUACCGCGGGGACCCAGAAUUUGAAUCUGAACCACCACCUCCUCCUCGGAAACAGAGAGUCGGCGCCGAGUCCCGCUUCAGGAGGGCGCAAUGCUUAUCUGGCAUACAUCUCCGAGGGGCUGGGAGCUUCCCAAGACUGGGGAACCACAAUGAAAUUCCAGAGGAAAAACGGCUCCCUCUUCAACUCUCCCUCGGCUACCGCCGCCGCGGCCAUCCAUCUUCGGGACGCGGAUUCUCUCCGCUACCUCCGCUCCAUAGUCGACCCCAUGAAGGGUGCAGUUCCAUCCAUCUAUCCGCAUGGGAUUAUGGCUCGGCUCUGCGCGAUUGAUAACAUCAAGCACCUGGGGAUCGACCUCCAUUUCCAGGUCGAAAUUAAGCAGGCACUGGAUGAUAUUUAUACAUCCUGGCGUCAAGGAGAUGAAGAGAUCUUCCUGGACUGCGCAACUUGCGCCAUGGCAUUCCGAAUACUGCGCCUCAGCGGAUAUCGCCUCUCUCCAUAUGCGUUGACUCGAUACACGGAGGAUGGUUUUUGGAGUGACACACUGGAAGGAUAUUUGAAAGAUGAGAAAGCUGUGUUGGAAUUGUACAGAGCUUCAAGGAUCAUGUACCAUGAUGCCUCUGUUCUUGAAAAUCAAAUGUGCUGGACAAGGGAUUUCCUGAUGCAAUUAACUGAUCCAGAAUCAUGUCAGAAUUAUGAUGUAAUUCACAGGCCCACACUCCACAAAUCCUUUCUAUCAAAGGUACACGAUGUUCUCAAUUAUCCCCUAUAUGUUGAAUUGGAACCCAUGGCUUACAAAAGAAACAUUGAGCAGUACUUGACAGAUAAUACAAGGAUGCUAAAAUCCUCCUACAGUUGUGCAAACUUUGGCGGUGGGUUUUUUCUGAAACCGGCUGUGGAUGAGUACAACGCCCAACAGUCAUUACACCUCAAGAAAUUGGAACAUCUGAUGCAGUGGCUUCAAGAGCACAAAUUGGACGAGAUGAGGGUUGCUAAGAUGAAGAUGAACUACUGCUACUUCAACAGCGUAACGACUUUCUGCGACCCUAGCCUUGCCGAGGCUCGCAUUGCGUUCUCCAAAUCCACUGUUCUUGUUUCUCUCAUUGACGAUCUGUUCGACAUUCAUGGAACCCGGGAGGAGCAUCUCAACAUUAUUCAGCUGUUUGAGAGGUGGGAUGUUGAUCGACCCAAGGUAGACUUUUGUUCGGAGGCAGUCGAGACAUUGUAUUGGGCGAUUCAUAGCACCCUUUGUGAGACCGUCGAGAAAGCAUUUCCGACACAGGGUCGAAGUGUUAUGGAUCACGUUGUGGAGCUGUGGUUAGACAUGUUGAAAGCAAUGUUCAAGGAGGCAGAGUGGUCCAGAACCAACACAGUCCCCGCCUUCGAUGAAUAUAUAACGAACGCAACCCUUACGAUUGGUCUAGGACCAUUCCUAGUUCCUGCUCUCUACUUAGUGGGCCAUAGGCUUUCGGAAGACGCCGUUAAGGGCACGCAGUUCUGCAGGCUUUUCAAUGUGACGGCUCUCGGCUGUCGUUUAUUCAAUGAUAUAAGAGGGUUUGAGAGAGAAGCUGAACAAGGGAAAGUGAAUGCAGUGUCACUGCAGUCGAUUGAUCAGAACAAUAAUGCAGAACAAGUCAUCAAACAGACUGAAAUCUGGAUAAAGAAUCUCAACCGAGAAGUGCUGAGGAUGUCAAUGGAUGAAAAAGACUAUGGUGUUCCUGACGCAGUUAGGGAUGUGUUCUGGAAGUUUGUAAAAGGGUUAUACUUGUUCUAUGCCAAGGAAGACCUGUACUUCAACAGCACAAAGCUGAUCAAGGUCGUGGAAUCUAUCAUCAAGGAGCCCUUGAAUCCACCCAUUGCGACCUAG